AUCUGCAUCUUCAACUUCAACUUCAACUUCAACUUCAACUUCAACUUCAACUUCAACUUCAACUUCAACUUCAACUUCAAAUUCAAAUUCAAAUUCAAAUUCAUCCUCAUCCAUCUUAUCCACACUAGGGAAAACAUUCCGAAUCUUCAGAAACCCUACUUCAUCAUUGGCCAGUCUAGGCCAAUCAUUUAAGGGGAUAUUUUCCGAUUCUAACUAUGUGGAUUCCAAAAUCAAACGAACCAUAACAGCACAAACUUCACAAAAUAAAGUUAAUAAACCAUUUUCAAAAUCGGUGGCUUCAAGACAUGCUGGAAGUAUGAAACGGUUGGUAAUUAAAUCCAAGCCCAUAAAGUUUCAUUUAAUUGACGCUAAUAGAGUCAUUGCUGCCAAGAAGAGAAAGGUUAUUCCCCAUGUAGUUCUGUCUGAUAAAUUAUUGGCAGAGAAGUAUUAUUCAUCUGAAGAUGAUGAUGAUAGUGAUAUAGAAAUUGAACCAUCAAGAGAAAACAUUAGUCGUUAUCCCUAUAAAAUCAAUGGAGAUAAUUCUUCAUCUAAAGCUAUUGUUGGAGAAAGUGUUCAAACUCCUCCACCAUUAACUAAUGAAAAUAACCUUGGAAAGGAAACUAAUGGAUAUUGGUGUACUCCUAGUAUAAAGGAAUUAACAUCUAAGACCAUAGAUGAACUUAAAGUCAUUGAAAACUUCAUUGUAGGAAGAGUUGGAUUUGGUCAAGUUGCUUAUAAUUUCCCCGUAGAUUUAUCGGAAAUAGCUAUUAGAGCUAAAGCCAAUAAUAUUUCUAUUGAAGAUCAAUUAUUUGAAAGGACUAUCAGUAUAAAACAUAAAUUUCUUUUGGUCUAUGUUAAUGAGGAAGAAAAACCUCCACUUGGAAUGGGAUUAAAUGUUCCUGCUACGGUUACUUUAGAAGGAGUCGGACCCAGUGAUAAAUCCGUGUCGGCCUCUGAUCAUAUUAAAUAUUUACAACUGAGAACUGGAAUGGAAUAUGUUACUUAUGAUCCCAUCACUCAUGUGUGGGUGUUUAAAGUUAAACAUUUUAGUGUUUGGGGUCUUGUCGAAGAAGCUGAUGAAGCUGAUGAUCCUGACUUUUUAAUUGGAAUGAAAAGAAGACAAGAUCUUCUUGAAGAACAGCAUGAAUUAGAAUAUUCUCGGCUUUAUUCGAAUGAAGCCUAUCUAAAGGAAAUUAAAAAGCAAAAAGUAGAAAUUGAAACUAGAGAUUUACCGGGGAAUUGGACUAGUUCUAAUGAUAAACCAUUAAAUAUCAAACGAGGUUUAGUGGCUAAAGAAAUCGAACAACAAAUUAAUCUGUAUAAUAAUCUUGAGACUGAGAAUGUAUUGAGUCAACAUGUUAAUGAUAUAAGUAUUGAAGAUAAUUAUGAAUCAGAUGAUUCAUUAGAUAAUGUACUGGAAGAAAGUGUCCGUAGUGAAAUUCAAAAAGUCGAUUACUUAAAACAAUUGGUAUCUUAUCUUCCUCGAGAUACUAAUUUCAAUGAGAUAGUGGAAGAGAAGGCUUAUGAACCAGAAAUAUCUAAUGAUGACAUAUUCAAUACUAUUCAAACAAGACCUAAUCUUCCUGUAUCAGAAGAUUGGUUGGUUCAAUUAGAAUUAGCUAAUGAUUUAAAUUCUUGUUUGACUCCGUUUGCGGCUUCCCCGAAAUCCAAUAAGGGUAAAGUUUCCAUCAAUACCGUUGAUGAAUUAUUAUUUGCUGAUUUUAAUAAGUCACUUCUUGAUAAAGAUAGUGUAUCCACUCCUAAUACAUAUGAAUCAAAAGUAAAGAAUAUCGAGAGCUUCGAUGAGUCGUUUAAUGCUUAUGUCAGGUAUAUUAUUUCUAAUCUAUUGGCUCAAUCUCCCGUAUCUCAAAGAUCAAAUGGAUUCCCAGUAGUACAGACUAAUGGAUCUAUUACUUUUGGAGCAUUUGCAAAGGCAGGAGCUGAGGAAAUGUUACUUUCGUUGUCUUCAACACUUUUUGAUACUCAAACCAAUCAAACUUCUAAUCUUAUGGGAGAAAAUCCUCAAAUGAUUUCUCAUGUUUCUGAACUCUAUAAAAAGAAGGCCUUUGGAAUCUGGUUGAAAUCAUUUAAUAGUAAAAGUAUCCAAUUACUAUUAGACCAGAACAAAUCUGAGCCAUUGGAAUUGGUAUUUUCUUAUAUAUGUUCAGGAGAUAUUAAAGCUGCUUGUGAAACUGCUAUUUCUUCUAAUAAUUCACAUUUGGCUGCUAUAUUAACUUUAGCAGAUUCUAAUGAUUCUUAUGUUCAACAAGCUGCAUUGGCUCAAGUUGAUACUUGGAUUGAAAACAAUAGUAUUGAAUACAUUCCUCAACCUAUAGUAAAGAUCUAUAAGAUUCUCUCUGGUAAGUUUGAUGAUGUUAUUGAAACUUUACCAUGGAAUAUAUCUUUGGCUAUUAAUUUAUUCUAUGGUAAAUCAAGUUUAACACUUGAAGAUAUUAUUAAUAAUACUGUUGAUGGUAUAGAUAUUCAAUCUUUAGGAGAAUCAGUGGCAGUUAUAGAUGCGUUGAAAUUAUUCUAUCUAUUACAAACUCAGAAGAAAGAAGUGGUUCUUAAGAGAAUUAGAAAUACUUCAUUAAGUAAAACUAUGAAAUGGUUAUACUACAAAUUAAUUUCUCUGAAUACUCGAGGAUCUGAUUUCGAUGAAUUAACUUAUGAUUUGGGUAAUUUGUUACAUCAAAGGGGGUUAUGGAAACAAUCCUUAUAUGUUUAUUCGCAUUUAUCAGAUGAUGAAAAGGCAAAGGAUGCCAUUAGAAAUGUUAUUAUUCAAAAUACAAAUAGUAUUAAAGGACCAGAUUAUGAUGAAGAAACUUAUUUAGUAAAUACUUUAAAGAUUCCUCAUAGACUUAUUUAUGAAGCCAUUGGUAUUAAAAAUCAUACUGAAAAGAAAUAUUGGGAAGAAUGUGAAGCUUAUACUGUGGCACAAUUAUGGGAAAAUGCUCAUAAUACCAUAGUAAAGGAAUUAGGUCCAUCUACAGUUAUUUCAAAUAAUCAAGAUUUAAUUAAUAACUUCUUAGCUUUAUUAUCCAAAUUCCCUGAAUCAGGUUUAAUUAUUCCUGAUUGGAAUCGAGGAGCAGGUAUUUAUUAUAAGUACUUUGAAGUCUUGAAAAAUCCUAAUAGCAUUACCGAUUUAGUCUUCUUGCUUGCUAAUAUUCCUCGAGCUAUAGAAUCAUCUACUUUCUUAUCAAAGGCUGCAUUGAAGAUUAUCUCUAAAAAAGUGGGAGAUUUAGCUAUCAAUCAUUCCAACAGUAUCGAUGGAAUACAGCAAAAGGUUCAAUCAUUAGUAUUAGGAUCAUCGGAUCGUAAAUAUUUUGAUAUCCGUUUACAACUGAUCUCUGCAUAGUAUAUAGAUUUAUCUUUCCUAAUAAAUGUGCAUUAUUAAUUUACAAUUUCCCAAAUUGUCUUGGGCAGGUUACGAGAAUAGCUGAAGAUAUUUUAAAAAGUGUAUUUUGAUUUCGAAUUGCGAGUUUAGUGUGACAUUGUACUAAUCAGGAUGGCUUGAAUUUAAUCCCACUAUUAGUGUCAUGGUUACUUAUUAUGAUGCUAUAUAAGCUGUAUUAGAUAAACUAAAACUUUUAAUAAAAACAAUAAAUUUUGCAACCGCGACUUCUAUAAAUUGUACGACAUUUUGGACUUUGCCUGUAUACAGACUCACAG